AUGGGACUUCAGUCAGAUGCAGUUAACGCUCUUCGAAGAUUCGCUUCGUGCGAUAUUGGCGACGCUCUGGUCAAGCUAGGGGUGCCUAAUGGUGGCUAUCUCUCCGGUCUCAAGAUGUUUUCCCCGGGGUUGAUGUGCACCAAAACCAGGCUUUUUGGGCCUGCGUACACUGUGCGCAUGGUUCGCGAUUCCGACAAAGCAUCUCCUAGCCUUACAAAACACUUUGCGGAUGCUAUUUCGCGGGAUAGUGUGGUGUUCAUCUCACAGCCCAAAGGCAUCGUGAGCGCUUGUUGGGGUGGACUCAUGAGCACGCGAGCGAAGACCCUGGGAGCAGCUGGGGUUGUGAUUGAUGGCCGAUUUCGUGAUCUAGCGGAGCAUCAGGAGAUGGGCAUCAAACUGUUCGCCCGUGACACAAGUAUUCUAGGUUCGGCAUCUUUAACUCGUUCAUCAGAGUUGAACGUGCCGGUAAUUUAUGAAUCCGAGGCUGGCGAAGCAGUCACCGUCCGGCCCGGGGAUUUUAUUGUGGGAGAUGCCGACGGUGUCGUUGCAGUGCGCGUGGAUAAGAUAGAGAGCUGUGUUGAUCUGUGUCAGGAACGAUAUGAAAUUGAUGAGGAGACACUCAAGCACUUGAAAAAUGGAGAGGAAAUGGGACCUACCAUCAAGAAACUUAGGAAAUAA